AUGAAGGCACGCUAUGACGCUGGAAAGACCCAGGGCAAUGAAAAUGCCUACAAGCCGGAGAAAGAGAAAGCAAAUCUGUUGGGAGCUGACGAGCUGCAACUGAAGGUCCUCAAAGGAUCAGCGCACACCGAGGAUUUAGAACUGCCGAAGUUGUUUGCCUAUCUGCAACUCAGCUGGCCCUUCUGGAUUGCAGUUGUGGCGGAAUUCCUCCUAUCAAUAGCCAUUCUUCUUUUUCUGAUGCGUCGAGACUGCAAAGUACCCAAAACCACAUCGAUCUGA